AUGGUUCUUGGUCUGCACUCAUUGGACACGGCAAGAUUCGUUGUUUCCCUAGGAAAUACAAUAUUUUCACUUCUCACAAUGCCGCUCUUGCAAAGAAGAUGGCGCAUGCAUGGUCCUGUCGACAUUGGGAUGGGCUAUGGUUUCAUCGUAACCGCCGGCACCGACUCAUUUGGUAAAGGUCACGAACAAGAUAAAUAUACCAUCAUCAAUGGAGCAGAAAUGCUGCCUGCUUCAAGUCUUCCUGUUCCACCUGUGAAGGCGUCGCGGACGCUCGUAAACGAGCUUCGCGCCGUCCAAGUAACCGCCAUUUCCCUGCGAGAUGGGGUGGAAGAUAAAACCAAGUGGCGUGCGCCUACUCAGAUUGCGGCUGACGAAUCCAACUCAUCUGACUCUGACUCGUCAGUUGACUGUAACCAGGGUGGCGAAUCAUCCCCACUCUCUUUGAAUUACUCGACCUUAUCGAUUGCUGUACGCAAUUUCAUCGAUGCUGUAGUUCAGAUGCCUCUCCGCUUGUUCACUAUUUCCAAUGGCACCCAUACUUCCGGAAGUAACGCCAUCUUUCAUGUCGGAUGGUUCCUCGAGCGUCAAAAGCAAGACAUUGGCUUCUACACGUCACUCUUCAGUACCAAGACACGGGAAUUUUGA